AUGGAUAACUCUUCCUAUACCGAGCAAGCUCGCCUUCUUUCGCAAUUUGCGGAAGCAGCGAAACAGGGCAAAAAGAGUGAAGUGGAGGAUCAGUACACGGCUCUCGCUCAGAUGCUCACAACCAUAAAUCCGAUGCAGCAGCAGCAGGCAAACAACGUGAACUGCAAUUACUAUGACUACUACAAAAAUCUUCUCUCGUGCACUCUGAGCGAUCCUGCUUUCCUGUCUAACCUGCUCCAGUCGCUUGACCUUUACGGUUUGGGAGUCCGCCAAGGAAUGCACCAUCCUGCCCAGCACCACCAUCAUCUCGUAGGACAACCCAUUCCGCCAAACCCCGUCCCACAUGCCAACCUGCACCAGUACCUUACAGCUGCAGCUAUGCUCAACUCGGCCCCAUUCCCCAACGAUGGCUCCGGCGAUGGCCCCAAGAACAAAAUUCGCAACUCAGCGUAG